UAGUGUUCAGUCACUCGGGAAGAAGAAACACGAACUCGCCGCGCGCUUGGAGUUUGUUUACAUUCCGUGAGGUUUGAGCUGACUUCAUGAGCAAUAAAAUCGCAUACACGUAUAUUAUUUCAAAAUGCAAAUGAAUAAAACCCUGUAUAUUUCAUAUAAUUAAGCUAAAUGAGUAUCUGUCUCCUAUAAACAGUCGCUUUUAUAUACUUGUUUAUAUAACUUACGUCGUUAAAUGUGGAGUUAACGGUUUGAGCCUGGAUCUGGACGGUUUAACCGUCUGUGGUUUCAGUGAUGGCAGGCCCGGCGGAUCGCAGUGACAGCGGGUCCGGUUCUGCCCUCCAGGCGGUGUUUGAGCAGCUGCGGUCCGCGCACACUCUCUCCCUGACCCUCACCCGCCCGCUGUGCCUGGCUGUCAUCGCUCUGGACCGCUACCUGAGCGCACAGCAUCCCGCCGCUGAGAGCUACAGCUACGACCUGACGGUAACGGACGGCCGGUGGCGGACAAAGUGUCAGCUGGCGGACAGUCUGAGCCGGUGGGUGAGGACGGGCUCGCUGCGCUGCGGGGUCGGGGUCCUGGUGUCCCAGCUGUCGAUGGUCCACGACGAGACGAGGCUGAGUCACAGUUACAUCAGGAUAGACAGCAUCCACAGCGUCGUGGAGCUUCCGGAGAGGUUUCGGUCCGUUAAAGACGUGGGGAGUAUCCCGGAGUGGUGUCAGGACCAUGUGACCCGGUCCGAUGGACCCCUGCAGCUGAGCAGAAAAUAUUAUUUACCACUGUGGAUAAACGAUGAUCCUUGUGGAAGCGUUUGGGUUCCUUAUAGUCCACCGCCAGACGUGGUCAUUGAUGUGUCUAGAAUCACACUUCUGGCAGAUCUGGAAGCGUUCUUUCACAGCUCCAGACGGCCUCUCCCACUGCUGGUCCGAAUUCUGCACAGGUCCAGGAUACGAUACUAUGGAAAACCAGGACAAAACAUUGACUUCCCGUUUCAGGUGUACUGUGAGGUGGCUGAUCAGAGUGGCGUCAUGUCCAUGGUUGUAUGGAAUGAUCUUUGUCCUGAAUGGUUCAACAGACUGACAGUCGGCUCGGUCCUAUAUCUGCAGCAGUACUCAUUGAAACACAGUUAUCAGAACCGGUCUAGACCACACAUCCGCACACUCUCUCUUAUGACUUUCCACUCCAUUGAGAUCAGCCUGAAUCCUCGAAGUCCUGCCUCUGUAGUGACAGUGAUUCCUCCAAAAAGUGUUCAGCCUCAGUGGGAUCUGCCUGAUGUCCCAUACAUCUUUGCCACAAGGUCAGAGGUGGACUCGAUGAAUAAUAACCAAGCCUGUGACAUCAUUGGUCUAGUGACAUACGUGGGCCGGGUUGAGCGAAUUAGGAGCAAGGAGAAGACAGGACCUGAAAAGUUCUGGGCGUAUCGUUGGGUACAUGCAGUGGAUGGGACAACUGACUCACCAUUUAUCCUGGAGAUCUUCUCUUCAUCCCAGCCAGAGAUCUUCAACAACAUCUGCCCAAUGACGUAUCUGGUGUGCACUCAGAUGAGAGUGUGUAAGGCUGGCUGUUCUGUGUAUCUGACCAGUAGCACAGAAACACAGCUCUUCAUCACAGGCUGUCAUAAAAAGCAGCCCUAUGUCAAUGAGCCAAAAGUUAAAGCAUUCAUUCAGUGGACUAAGACACUGAAGGACAGUGUCAUGCUGCGGAGGACUUCGGUUGGAGGACAUUACUGCUACCCUCCUGCACCACCCACCUUCACACCAACCACCAACAGCAACAUGACCAAUGAGCCAAUUACAGCAGUGGCUGAUCUGAAGGGGGAGCUGGAGAGUCUGCAGUACAGAGAGCACAGGAGAGUGGCUGUACAGGGUUACGUGGCUGCUGUGCAGUACCACACAUGGCCACCACACAGUGAACAACAGCAGGAGGGUGUCUCCGUAAGAGGAGUCAGUGACGCUGGAGCUGCUGCUUCUCGCUCCACAGUGGAUGAGAUGACUCUGACACAGAGAGAAGUGGAUUCGACCUCACCUGAUUCUGAUAUUACCGUCUCACCUAAACGCAGGAGAGUGCAGACAGGCUCAGGAGGAGUUCAUCGACAGUAUUUCACCAGAUCCAAAAUGCAGUCCAACAGGCAGGUGGGCCUUUCCUCUCAUGAAGAGGAGGAAGAAGAGCGACAGGAUGAAGGGGAGUUGGAGUCGGAGGAAUCUGGGGUUGAAGACGAACAUGCCUCAGUUAGACAGCCAGCUGUAGGAAAAGAGAUUGACCAGACAUUCCGAGUCCCAGACGUACAGCAAGCUGCCAGCCAUCCCGCUGCAUUAUGGGAGAGCCGAGUCUGGCCUUUAGUGAAACAGCAAGUGACCGAUCACUUUUGCUGGGGUAGACUCGAUCAGGAAAGCAUUCCUGAAAAAUUCCACUUUGACGACAGAGAAGUUCUACUACAUCACCUGAACCUGAGCCCAGCCAGAUGGACGCCCGAUCUCACCUCACAGACACACACACCUGUGGCCUGCACCGGCUACUUCACACUCACGAUUCUGGGGCUGAAUCAAAGAGCCGCAGUAGAUGUUCAGUUUGUGCCUGUCGUCUCCCCUGAUGACCCCAGAGCCACUGGAGUGCCACACACUCAGCAUGACAACUCCCUGCUGUCCUGCAUAUCAACAGGACAACUGUGUGUUCAGCCAGAUGGUAGCUGCCCCGCACCAGGGUCGUUGAUGUGUUCUGCCCCUCAGCUGGAGUCGGAGCGCGUGGUGUGUAUUGUUGAUCUCUGUCUGCUCGGAGAACGCAGGGUAGAAAUGAUCUGCUCCAAACUCUACAGGACAGCGGAUAUCUGCCAGCCUGAUGGCACUCAAUGAGACGCCACACGUCAUGAAGAUAAUCAUGCAAAGAAAAAAGUCCUGUGCAAUCAGAUAAUGGAUAUCAGUGUGUUCUGAUCCGAGUUCAGUUGUUUUAGGGGACUGGAAAACUGCUUUUAUGUGUAAAUGGGGCAGAAAGGUGUUUUGUAUUUGUAUUAAUAAUAUAUGCUUGUUUGUAAUUUCAGAAAAAUAAACUCAAGCCCAAAAACAUACCUUUAUUUUUAUCUUAUGCUUUUCUAUUGCACAGGCAAUAAAGAUUUAUGUAAAGAAAGCAUAAAUUAAACUUUUUAACAAAAACACAUUAGUGCCCUUUGAGAAAUACUGUCCAAAAUGGUGCUGGACAAUCCCACAAUUGUCGUGUUUGAAAUAUUUUGAAACUAAAGAUGCAGCGUCAACUAAUAUUUUGAAAUGGGUCAAGAUUUAACAGCUGUUAUCAGAAAUUCUGACAGAUUAUUUUAGUAUUUUUUCAUUUUCCAAUUUCAAACAAAUAGAUAAGAUAAGGCUUGCUAUAUUUACUCCUAACCCAUGUAAAAUGUAU